AUGAUAGAAUUAGAGUCGAUCCCAUCAUCCACCCUCUGCAAUGUCUGCACCGGCAUCUUCACCGGCACCUGGCGCCCUCAGCUCAGCGGCUGGAAACGAGAACUCAAAACCCCCGGCGCGCCGCCCGACCCCUUCCACCCGGAGCCAGCCUUCGGAACGGCCUACGACCACGGCAUGGAACCGUACAUCAACCGCAACGCCGCUCCGCCGACGCUCUCGUAUCCGCACCAUUCGGUCGAGGAGCUGCGCAGUUCGGGCGACUCGUGCGCGCUGUGCAAGACGGUGGUGAUGGCGUUUGAUGCGCUGCAUCCGCGGGACAAUGGCCGUGUCGAUUACAUGGAAGGGCGGAAGCCGUAUGGCGUGGCGGCGUGGAGCGCGGAGGAGAUUGCAAAGGCGAAGGGCACUUUAGAACGAGUCAACAAGUUCCUCGACGAGACAAAAGACUUUGCCGAGAUUCUCCCAAAGAGUCUUGUAAGAGAGCUCCCAACCAGACUCCUUCACCUGACAAAGGAUUCACCCGAGCCAGUGGCGCGACUCAUCGAUGGAGCAAACACCUCGUUGGAUGUUGAUACGCCGUAUAUCGCCCUUUCUCAUAGCUGGGGAAACACCAUGCCCAUCCAGCUCAUCGCCUCAAGGUUGUCCGAGUUCACCAAUGGGAUUGAGUUCAAGGACCUACCCGCCACGUUUCGCCAAUCCGCAGAAUUGGCUCUUGAAUUGGGCGUUAAAUACCUCUGGAUCGACUCUCUAUGCAUCAUCCAAGACUCUGCAUCCGACUGGCUCCACGAAGCACAGCGCAUGGCUUCCGUAUACGCCUUUUCCCAUCUCACAAUCGCAGCUUCGGCUUCCAAAAACCCCAGGACGGGGCUAUCGCCCAGUCCUCGGCCUCGGACCGUCAUUGUCCGCCCGUCCUGGAAGGGUUUCAUCCAGGAAUGGGGGCUGCAGCCCGGCCAGACGCUCCGCAUCACCAACCCGUGGUAUGAAGAAUUCAAAAACACCAUUGUAUCGGCUCCUCUCAACCGCCGCGGGUGGACAUAUCAGGAGUACGCUUUGGCUCCUCGUGUGCUGCACUGUACGGACGGCGAAUGGUGGUGGAAUGGCAUCACUGAUGGCAUUAGUCGUGAAACGUCGACUAAGCAGAUUAUGUGGUACAGUGGCCCUGGCAGCAUCACCUGGCCAGACAAGGUUUCGUUUUUCAAUAAGGAAAGGCGGAAGUUGACCAGUACCCCAGACAUUUGGGUCUGGGACUAUCUCACGUCCCAGUACAACCAACGUGCUCUUACGAAGCGUAAGGACAAGCUUGUUGCGUUUGGAGCAGUGGCCCAGUUGUUCGGCCAAGUGAACAAUCUGCCUGUGGACAAACCUAACGAAUAUAUCGCCGGUGCAUGGCGAAGUUACCUGCCAUUCGGACUUCAUUGGAGCAUAGGAGAAAACGCCGAACGCCACUUCAGCACGCCGGGAUCCGAAGACGCAGAAUAUGUGAUUCCCUCGUGGUCAUGGGCAUCUAUAGACGGACUGGUCCGUUAUCACGACGGCAAGUCGCUCAAAGAGACGCGAGAGGAGCAGGUCAAAGGCAUGCCUCGACUGGUGGAUGCAAAGGUAGUAACAGAAGGCGGGCCAUUCGGACCAGUCAAGAGCGGCUAUAUCAUCCUGCACGGCCCAAUCUUUCGGAUUCGCGUGGCCAAGAAGCCCAAAGACCACAAGCAAAACGCAUUUUACCGCAGCUUCAAGGUCCUGCGUAGUGACGGUUCGGAAGCAUGGGAGCAUAGUGGACAGGCCUUCUCGCUUGACUCGUGGAAGGGCAAGCUAGAGGAGUGGGCGGAUGACCGGGAGAUGUAUUUCAUGAUUGCGGAUUGCGAGGGAGAGAGCAAGUAUGGGUCUGGAUUUGCCAUUUUGUUAGAGCUCGCCAAAGACGUGGCAAGUGAAAAGGGGGUGUACCGACGCAUCGGGUCGACUCUCUUUUAUUUUGAUGGCAUCGAGAAGCUUAUGGAUGCCGUGAGGGAAAAGGGCAGCGAGGCUUUAAGGGAUGGGGAAUAUAUCGACGCCGACCCCAAGACGGGCUUUUACACGUAUAAAGUCAUUUGA